GUUCACGUGCUUCGGUGCCGAUAAACUGCCUUUCCGGCGCUAGACUCCCAGCCAGCCCGAGCGACCACUGAAAGGGUACAGCAGGGAGCUGAGGGCUGCGAGCUUGCGCAGGCAGCGGGGUGCCGGUUUUCACGGUCCGUCGCCUCCUCUGUGCCUAAUGAGUUGCACCAGAAUGAUCCAGGUUUUGGAUCCACGUCCUUUGACAAGUUCAGUCAUGCCAGUGGAUGUGGCCAUGAGGCUUUGCUUGGCUCAUUCACCACCUCUGAAGAAUUUCCUGGGUCCUUAUAAUGACUUUCAACGAAGAAAUUUUGUGAAUAAAUUAAAACCUCUGAAACCGUGUCUUAACCGCAAACCAGAAGCCAAAUCACAGAACGAAUGGAAGCGCUCACACAACCAAGCUAAGAAGCGGGUUGUGUUUGCUGACUCUAAAGGCCUCUCUCUGACUGCUAUCCGUGUCUUCUCUGACCUCCCAGAAGAACCUGCAUGGGAUCUCCAGUUUGAUCUCUUGGAUCUUAAUGAUAUCUCCUCUGGCUUAAAACUCCAUGAAGAGAAAAACUUGAUUUUAGAUUUUCCUCAGCCUUCAACUGAUUACUUAAGUUUCCGGAAUAAUUUUCAAAAGAACUUUGUCUGCCUGGAGAACUGCUCUUUGCAAGAGCGGACAAUGACUGGGACUGUCAAAGUGAAAAACAUGAGCUUUGAGAAGAGGGUUCAGGUCCGUAUCACUUUUGACAGUUGGAAAAGCUACAAGAAUGUGGACUGUGUCUACAUGAAGAAUGUGUAUGGCAGCUCAGAUAGUGACACCUUUUCAUUUACCAUUGACUUACCCCUUGUCAUUCCAACUGAGGAGAAAAUUGAAUUCUGUAUUUCUUACAGUGCUAAUGGGCAGGUCUUCUGGGACAAUAAUGAGGGUCAGAAUUACAGAAUAGUCCAUGUACAGUGGAAGCCUGAUGGGGUACAGGCACACACAGCACCCCAGGACUGUGCAUUCCACCAGGUGUCCCCUAAGACAGAGUUAGAGUCAACAAUCUUUGGCAGUCCAAGGCUGGCUAGUGGACUCUUUCCAGAAUGGCAGAGUUGGGGGAGAAUGGAGAACUUGGCCUCUUAUCGAUGAAUUAAGCAACCUAGUGUCUAGGCUUGACCUGUCCUAGUCCCUGUGCAAUUCUAGGUCUGUAUUGCUCAAUAUUAGGACGUCUUUGCUACUUUCUUCCACCAGUAGGUUUAGGUUUGAGCUUUUGAGACCUGGCUACAGAAAAUAUAGCAACUUGGGAAUUUAGCAUUGGAGUCUGGUAUGGACGAUGCUACCCAAUUUUGUUUUGGAGAAUCAAGUAACCCUAGGAACUAUUUUUAGAAAAGUAGUACUUUUUCAGUACCCUUCCUCCUUCCCUCUCAAUUCACUAGCUUUCACAUUGAGCAAGGAAAAGUUGAGGAAGGAGAAUUGAUGGUGAUGGAAAGCUGUGCCAAUGGUAUGAGGAAUGUGUGAAGUGUGUACUGUACUCGAAGGGCUCUGCAGCUCAAGUCAGAGUAGGAGAGGAAGAUCUAUACUUAAUUGGUGGUGAGAACAUGUAAGGAUGUUUUGUGUAUUAAAGUUGGUUUUAUGGAUCUCUCCUGGGAAAAUAACUCACAGAGGGGAAAGAGAUACAUUCUAUGUAUUUCUGUGGAGAAGAGGCAAAUAAAAUUCCAGGGUUUUCGAUGGUAUUGGGGGAAGAUGAUCUAUAAUUCUGGAGAAUUAAGAUCUUAAGAGAAGCUUUUCUGUUUAAACAUGGUCUAUCAAAAAAUCAUGAUUUGAGGAAAGUUUAAGCAAACCUGGCUUUGCAGUCAUAAUGUAAUAAGUGACUUUGUGAUCAAGGCAUCAUACUUGGGUUUUUGGAACAGAAUGCUGACCAGUGAAAACUGUGCUAUCAGCAAUGGCUGACAAAAUAUAGGACCUCUAGGUCAUGGCAGAAAUGGCUCUUUGCAAGUGCCUUGAUUAAACCAGAAUGCUAUAGUUGCUUAACCCAAACAUCUGACUGGUCAUAUGAUAACUCAUGAGUGUUUGGCCUCAUAAGGAGGUCUACUAUGUACAUUGGCAUUCAUCGUACAAUACUGUUGUAUCUUCAAGAGUGUUGUCAGUGUACACAGCCACAUCCUUCAUAUUGAAGGUGACUCAUUUUUCUGCAACACUUUUUCAAUGUGAUAUUUGAAGUGAGGAUUGACACUAGGGUUCUCAGUAGAAGAAUCCAGUACCUUGCACAUAGAAGUAGCAGUCUAUCUCUUGCUUAUUUUUGUCUUGCUGUUUUAAUUUCCUUUGAAGUCAAAAUGCUUUUUUUAGAAAAUGGAUAUAAAUUGUUUGGGAUGUGAAUUGUUUUUGUGUGUGAAUAUGUUCAUUCUGUAAGAUCUUAAGGGCAGGAGUCCCAAAAUGCUGGGUAGUUGGCACACCCAUUGAGAGGUGUUAAGAGAAAGCAGUUAAUUUUAACAUGUAUGGUCUGCCAUGCAGAGUAUAGGAAUAACUCUGCAAUGACAGUAUUUCAGGUUUGACUAGCAUCCAUACAUUUUUCUACUGUAAGUAUUUCACUCCCUUCUAGCUAUCCUUUAUAAGCUUCUCACUUUAAGAAUAAAUGUGUUUGAUAAGA